UUUUUUUUCUGUAAAGAAAAUGGCAAUUGAUAUUUCAAAAAUGCAUCCGUAUAAUAGCCCGGUAAGCCCUUCACUUUUUCCUCAUUUGACAAUUGUUCUGUUUGGAAUUGGUUUGAUUUCGACUGCCUACUUUUUUGUUAAUGGAGUAACUAGCACAAAAAAGACUCGAAGUAUAAUCAAAGAAUUGGUUAUUGCUUUAAUUGCAUCUGGCUUUUUGGGGUUUGGAGCUCUUUUUCUGAUGCUUUGGUUUUUUUGUUGGCUUUACCUCCCUGAGAAUAAUGCCUGUGUCAGUGUGUAUGUAAUUGAGGUGUGA